CCUUGAUUCCAACCAAUGGGGAUAGGGAGGAGGGGCUCUUGCGGGAAGUCGCUGCAGAGUGAAUCGAGGCUUGCGGGAGGAGCCACGGACGUCGACGUCGGAGUCGCGUGGCUCCGUAGUCGGGAGGGGGCUCGGGUCCUGCCUCCCUCCCGCGCCAUGUGGCGGUUCCUGGGAGCCCUAGUGUCCGGGCUAGCCCAAAAUUCCCGUCUGUGCACCAGCUUGCCAAAACGCUGUUUGUGCAGACCUGGCUCUGGCGGCCGAGCCACCAUCUUUGCCUUGUCUUCUGGCCAGGGCAAGUGUGGCGUGGCGGUCAUCCGCAUCAGUGGUCCGGCCAGUGGCCCCGCUCUCCUGGGACUCACGGCCUCGAAGGCCCUUCCACAGCCCCGCGUGGCGACGCUCCGACUGCUGCAGGACCCUGGCUCUUGCGAGCCCCUGGACAGGGGCCUGAUUCUCUGGUUCCCAGGACCCCACAGCUUUACUGGAGAGGACUGUGCCGAGUUCCAUGUCCAUGGCGGGCCGGCUGUUGUGAGUGCUGUCCUGGAGGCACUGGGCAGCAUCCGAGGCCUGCGGCCGGCGGAGGCCGGAGAGUUCACCAAGCGGGCUUUCCAGAAUGGGAAACUGAGCUUGACGGAAGUAGAGGGGCUGGGGGACCUGAUCCACGCCGAGACCGAGGCCCAGCGACGCCAGGCCCUCCGGCAGCUCCAGGGGGAGCUGGGACAGCUCUGCCAAGGCUGGGGAGAGACCCUGACCACGGCCCUGGCCCACCUGGAGGCCUACAUUGAUUUCAGCGAGGAUGACAACAUUGAAGAAGGCGCUCUGCAGAGGGUGGACAGUGCUGUGCGGGGCCUCCGGGAAGCCCUUCUGGCCCACCUGCGAGACGCCCGGAGGGGACAGCGGCUCCGCUCGGGGGCCCACGUGGUCAUCGCUGGCCCGGCCAACGCCGGCAAGAGCAGCCUCAUCAACCUGCUGAGUCGGAGGCCUGUCGCCAUUGUGUCCCCCGAGCCGGGCACCACUCGGGACGUGGUGGAGUCAGCCGUGGACAUUGGGGGCUUCCCAGCCUUGCUGAGUGACACGGCGGGGCUCCGGGACAGCCCUGACCUGGUGGAGCAGGAGGGUGUCCGGCGGGCCCAGGAUCGGCUGGCUCAAGCCGACAUCGUGCUGGCCCUACUGGAUGCCACAGACUUGGCCUCGGCCUCCAGCCGCCGCUUCCUGGAGACAGUGGUGACUCCUGGGGGACCCUCCCCUCCCCAUCGCCGCAUCCUGCUGGUGCUCAACAAGGCUGACCUGCUGCCAGAGGGGAUGCAGCUCGGGGGGCCUGCCCUGCCCCCCCACCUCCUGCUGUCCUGCAAGACAGAAGCCGGCCUGGAGGCUGUGCUGGCCUCCCUGAAGAGGGAGCUGGCUGCCGUGUGCGGUGACCCAAGUGUCGGGCCGCCAAUCCUGACCCGGGCCCGCCACCGCCACCACCUGCAGAGCUGCUGUGAGGCCCUGGGUCGUUAUGAGCAAAGCAAGGGCCGGGACCUGGCGCUGGCUGCUGAGGAGCUGAGGGCAGCGCGCAAGCACCUGGGCCACCUCACCGGGCAGGUGGGGGCCGACGACAUCCUGGAUGUCAUCUUUCGGGACUUCUGCAUUGGCAAGUGAGGACCGGAGGACUGCGUUUGGGCUCCAGCGCCGAGGAGUCCAUGGGCAAGGUCACGGGCAGGACCGCGGGACGUCAGGGAGGCUCCUCAGGUGGCUCUCGGCUCUGGAGUUCUCCAUUUGUAGACAGCCGCCCCAGCCACACCGGCCCUGUCCCCCCAGUCUGAGGCCUGGGCCCGCCUUCCCCUUUGGCUGUUAGGCGCCCACGGCGCCUUGGGAGAGGGAAGAGGAGGGACAGGGGAUUUCAGAUGGACACGGCCCCCUUGAUGAGACUGAAGGAGGUGGCUUGGGCUUUUGAGGCCGCUUGGGCAGGGGAAAGGACACUGCCUGAUAGUAAACAGGUUUUCUAAAAAUAAAUUGGAUUGCUCUCUUUUUGUCCUA